AAAGUGAAGAAGUCUAAAAAUCGCCCAAUAAAAUGAUUUAAGCGGGAAAGCACAACCUAAUAAAGCUCCGCCUCCGCCCCGCUUCCACAAUAUGAAAAUUUACGUCCAUCCAUUUGUCGCAAAUUCGUGUCUCCAGUUUAGAAAUUGACGGAAGAGAUAAAUUCAGUGCUAUAUCAUCGACCUCCUUUUCAAAUUCAACCAAUCCUAAAAGUCGGGAAGAAUUAUGUUUUGUUUUGAGGGGAAAGGAGAGAGUUAAACGAUGACAAACUUGUUCUUUUCCCUGGCGAUACCUAACUUCUUCGAUAACGUAACUUGUAGUAAAACUCUAUCUCCUCCCCUACCUCUUUAUAGCAACCGAUCCCAAAUCGACCAUCAUUAUCCUUUGCUCACCUUAGAGGAUAUCGGAAGAAGGAAACCCGAAGCUGUAGAAAGAAGAGGAAGAAGAAGAAGAACCGAAAGAUCGCGAGUGUUUUCAUCCGCGCGGUACCGUCCAUCUUUAAUCGUUUACUUAGACGAAGCCAAAAAAAAUGCUUACGGGAGCGUUUACGGCGAUAAUGAUCGGCCCUUCUUCGAAAAAGGGAUCCACCACGAUAAGAGGAACAAUAGGAAAAGGAGUAAACAUCGGGGGGUAUUCGAGGAUAACGAUCAAAGUUUUCCUGAGAAUUCUAAAAUAUUUCUGACCACGAACCACCGUGGUGACCUAAACCACUUUAGCGAUAGAGACAUCGAUACGAUCGUUAUAAAGUCUCCUCCUUCGCCCUUGGUGACGCGACCCGCCAUUACUAGAAAAAUAAGGAAGGCCUCGCCCGCUACUCCGUACUCGGCUUUGGGAAGACACCUGAUCAAGUUCAAUCACAGUUACGGCAACCUUCACGGGUAUUUUUCCGUCGUCAUUUGCACUUUCGGAAUCAUAGCCAAUGUGUUCAACAUAGCCGUUCUGUCCAAGCGUCAUAUGAUCAACCCGACCAAUAUUAUACUCAUAGGUAUAGCCCUGGCCGACGUUUUGGUGAUGGCGAGUUAUUUGAUAUUCGCUUUCUACAUGUAUAUACCUUCCAUGAAAGAAUCGCUCCACAGUUAUGGUUGGGCCUUAUUCGUUUUGUUUCACUUUAAUUUAACCAUGACAGCUCAUACUAUCUCCACUUGGGUAACCGUGUUUCUGGCCGCUUUUCGUUGCCUCUCCAUAUCGAAACCCCUCUUGAGAAAACGCUACUUCAAUAACGUAACCACCAUUGUAUGCCUGGCCAUUAUAUAUGGGGUCGUUAUCCUAAUAUGUCUGCCUUAUUACAUGAGUUAUAUAAUUAUCCCGGUUCCGCAAUCAUCCAUCCCUGGUGAUUCCCAUCCCAAAAACGCUAGCUUCGACAAUUUGUUCGCCAGUCAUUCUAACGAGACCACCGCAACUAAAAGAUUUUUUAGCGAGGUGCAGCCCACCAAGAAUAAAGGCUACUACCAAUACCGCUCCAAAAGAUUCAUUAUUGUACCUACCCCACCUAGUCUCUAUAUCACGACUUCAACUUUCAACGAUUCUUUUAUGGAUAUUGUUCGCAACAGUUUUUCCCGUCACAAUGGUAUUCAACAUGUCAAGAGAACUUCAUCCUUCCUAUAUAUUCUCGACUACGUUGAUGUUGAAACGGAACUUGGAAAUGUAUCAACACCGUCUUACAAGAUAUACAGUUAUCCCGACCUCGUGAUGCGACAGGAGUCUAAAAAACAAUCUAGCGAAAUUUUUAGAGAGAUUCCUAGCGAUCAUUACAAAGAAAUAUAUUACGGCACGAUCAAUGAAACGUCUUUACCAGAUGGGCCACUAACCGAAGGCAAAUACAUAACCGCCAUGAACUCCAAGCACUCUCAUCUUUUACUCAUUAAUUUCGUAGUUUAUAGCGUGGCGGGCAAGCUUUUGCCUUGCUUAAUGCUCACUAUAAUGUCAGCGUUUCUCAUAUGGAUCAUUUGUAAAGCGAAUUACCGACGUCAAAAACUUAAAACGGGUAAUUUACCUACCAACAAUCAACCACUUUUAAAAAAGCAAUCAUUUUCUCGAAAGAAAUCGGCUGGAACGAAUUAUAGCAGCCCUGAUGUUACGAAUAUAUAUAAGAAGGAUAGUGUGGGAUCUUAUUCCAAUUGCCAGCGUCAGUUUUCUAAUUUAAAUACUACAUCUGAAGGAGAAUUUUAUAAAGUAAACACCCCAGUUCCCAUAAAUUGGCGCAAGUUUUCCAAAUUUUCCUUUAUUAGAUUCUUUUCUAAGCAAAAACCUAUUACUCUUAAGCUAUUAACUUCCUCAAAUUAUUCAUCUAACAAUCUAGGUCCUAAAUCAAGUACAAUCUUUUUAAACGCGGGUUUAAACCAAAAUGACCAGGAAGAUGUUGUCAAUGAGCAUGAAAAAACAUUGAGAACAAUUGAAAUGGAGACCGCGCCAAAUAUAGAUGCUCCUGAUAAAGAUCCAGAAUUUUAUGAUGAUCAACUUGGCGAACUUAACAAAGUUUCCAGUUUUAAAAGGAGUAGCAAAAACUUCAAAGAUCCAGCUGUAGCUACGAAUGACCGCAAGAAAAAAUGUUACAGAGCCUCGCGGCCUAGAAUUGGCUCUGAAAAGUCGAGGAAAACUAUCGAGACCAAAGUAUCGCAUCACCACAGGUACAAAACUGACAAGACAUCUCAAUUACUAUUGACCGUUUUACUUUGCUUUUUGAUAACGGAGUUCCCAUCCGGAUUUCUGGCGCUAUUGUGUAUAGAGAAUUUGAUGGGGCAACCCUUUUUCUUGAGAAUUUACAGCCCAUUGGGAGAUCUGAUGGACAUGAUGGCCCUUAUCAAUAGCUCGGCCAAUUUUAUAAUAUAUUGUAUCAUGAGCGAACAAUUUCGGGCCACAUUUUCCAGUAUGUUCCAAGACGCUUGGAGCUGCUUUGCUCAAAAAUUUUGGCAUAAAUAAUUAAUUUAAAAAAAUAUAAUGUGAAGUGAAUAUAAUUUGUAGAACGUUGUUAAAGUUUUAGACACACAUUUAUGAGAAAUGGACAUUUGUUAAACCAAAAUUAAAAUAUAUAUUAUAAUAUAAACUUAUUUAUCUAAUCAUUGUAAUCAAAUUACGA